AUGUCGCGUCUUUUAAAACAGCAGGAACAACGUCAGACGGUUAUUGAUGGAAAAGAAAAUGCGUUGCGUAACAUAACCAAUAAAACUCCCCAACUUAAGACAGUUGUCACGGCUCAGCAGGCGAGAACGCCUGUAAAUGCGUUGCGCGACAAAACCAAUAAAACACCUCAACUUAAGGCUCAGCAGGCGAGAACGCCUGUAAAUGCGUUGCGCAACAAAACCAAUAAAACUCCUCAACUUAAGGCUCAGCAGGCGAGAACGCCGGUAAGUGCGUUGCGCGACAUAACCAAUAAAACACCCCAACUUAAGACAGUCAAGCUUAAUAAAGAUGGAUAUCAUGACACGCCAGCAGUCACAAAGCAACAAAAAAAUUCAAAAGGCACGUUAAGGGAUCGAAUAGUGAAAAAAUCUACAUUAAAAGAUAAUGUCGAAACUAGAACAAUCGAAGAAAUAAAUGAAGCUAAGAAUGAGCUAAAACUAAAAGAGGAAGAUGACGUGCCCGAAAUAGAAUAUUGUCCAUCUCCAAUCGAAGAACUACCCUACGAACCAUUGGAUGAAGAUCUUAAAUUCGAUUGGGAUGCAUUACGACACCCACCUAGUGUUACUGCGUACGAGUUUGAAAAUAUAAAAUAUGAUGAACUACCAUUUCCAGAGAUUGAUCCAGAUGAUUAUAAGUCCAGAGAGGUCAUUGAUGAUUAUGGCAAGUAA